AUUAAUCUCUGUAGUCUGUUCUGAAGGCUAAAGAAAGAAUAUAAAUAUCUGUUUUCUGAAUCAGGUACAAAAAUUUAUCAUCGUCAUCAUCUUCUUCGUUUUUUUUCAGUGAUCAAUCAACAUGGGAACAAUGUUUAAACCCUUUCUGCUCUUCUGCUUGAUUAUGCUUCCUUUGGUUUUUGCUGCGUCGUCUAAUGAUGGAUUGGUUAGAAUUGGACUUAAAAAGAGGAGUUUUGACCAAAACAAUCGUGUGGCUGCUCAGUAUGAGUCUAAAGAAGGAGAAGCACUGCGAGCUUCUAUCAAAAAAUAUCAUCUUCGUGGUAAUUUAAACAAUUCACAAGAUAUAGAUAUCGUAUCAUUAAAGAAUUAUAUGGAUGCUCAGUAUUUUGGUGAGAUUGGUAUUGGUACCCCUCCACAGAAGUUUACGGUUAUUUUUGAUACUGGUAGUUCUAAUCUGUGGGUUCCUUCUUCAAAGUGCUAUUUCUCGCUCCCUUGCUUUUUCCAUUCCAAGUACAAGUCGAGCAAGUCAAGCACCUACAAGAAGAAUGGGAAAUCAGCGGAGAUCCAUUAUGGAACUGGUGCUAUCUCUGGAUUUUUUAGUCAAGACCAUGUAGAAGUUGGUGAUCUUGUUGUCAAGAAUCAGGAAUUCAUUGAGGCAUCCAAGGAGCCCAGCAUUACCUUUUUGGUUGCGAAGUUUGAUGGUAUACUUGGACUUGGAUUCCAAGAGAUAUCUGUUGGAAAUUCCGUCCCUGUCUGGUACAACAUGGUUAAUCAGGGUCUUGUUAAAGAACCGGUUUUCUCAUUUUGGUUUAACCGCAAUGCCGAUGAAGAUGAAGGGGGUGAGAUUGUUUUUGGUGGGAUGGACCCCAAACAUUAUAAGGGGGAGCAUACUUAUGUCCCUGUGACACAGAAAGGUUAUUGGCAGUUUGAUAUGGGUGAUGUUCUAGUUGAUGGUAAAACAACCGGAUUUUGCAGCAGUGGCUGUGCAGCAAUUGCUGAUUCAGGAACUUCCUUGUUGGCUGGUCCUACGAGCAUUAUCGCUGAAGUUAAUCUUGCUAUUGGAGCCACCGGAGUUGUUAGUCAAGAAUGCAAGGCCGUUGUUGCUCAAUAUGGAGAAACCAUAAUUAAAAUGCUUUUAGCGAAGGACCAACCACAAAAAAUUUGCUCACAGAUUGGUUUAUGUACCUUUGAUGGUUCACGAGGUGUAAGUGUGGGCAUUGAGAGUGUUGUGAAUGAGAACAUUGAGGAAGUGGCUGAUGGUUUGCACGAUGGAAGGUGCUCUACUUGUGAGAUGGCAGUUGUAUGGAUGCAGAAUCAGCUCAAGCAGAAUAAAACACAGGAUUCCAUACUUGAUUAUGUGAACCAGAUAUGUGAACGGUUGCCUAGUCCAAUGGGAGAAUCAGCAGUAGAUUGUGGCAGUUUGUCUACUAUGCCUAAUGUUUCAUUUACAAUUGGUGGAACAGUUUUCGACCUCAGCCCUGAGCAGUAUGUCUUGAAAGUGGGUGAAGGAGAAGCAGCUCAGUGCAUAAGUGGAUUUACCGCGUUGGAUGUGCCACCUCCUCGUGGACCACUCUGGAUUCUGGGAGAUGUUUUCAUGGGUCCAUUCCAUACAGUGUUUGACUAUGGCAACAAGAGAGUUGGAUUUGCAGAAGCUGCGUAACUGAAAGUGUUCUACUUAAGGUUCAGUUCAGUGUUGCACUCCAUGCUUAUUUGUACGUUUUUAGAUUAUGGUGUUUCGGGGUUGACUUGUAAGUGAUGGAAUUGUCUCUUUGAUGUAAAUAUCUAAACAGUAACGUUGCAUCUUGUAAUAAAUAGUAAAAUACUUUCACAUUAUGGAGCUGGACAAGAGUAGAUUUUGAAA